UCUUAAAUCUCCUCAUUGGCUAAAAUAUACACCAAGUUUGUCGUUUUGGGGAAAAUGUUUUGCUGUACGAAGUGGUUGCAAAUCGUAGGUUGCUAAUAUUUCUAAAUGUAAAACCUAAUAAGGAGGAAAAAAAACCCAUUUAAAACGCAAGAAGCUUCAUCGUAAAGAGCCAGAAGCUACUUUUUCUUGGAGUUUUGUCAGCGUUAAGUUAGCUAGCUUGAUGUCGCCGACAAACUGCUACCAUUAAUAACGUGAAGUGUUGCUGCACUUUGAAGAGAAAUGACAGAGCAGGCCCUGAUAGCGGGAUGCGCCACUGAUGUGUUGGUCUGUUUCGCCGAGUCUCUGCACAUAUACACAGGACUGUUAACUGUGGCUACAGUGUGUGGAGGGCUCUCUGGUAUAUUAGCUGCUGCUCUUUUAUACGUCUUCUGCCUGAAGCCUUUGCUGUUGACGAGACAAGGUUACAAUGCGAGGCGGCUGUUUGAACCUGAUGAUGGGGAAUUAGACAACAACCAAAGUGACUGUGUGAGCAACAGCAGGAAGGAGGCUCCAAGUGGCACCACUAAUGAUAAAGAGAAGAAGCAGCCACCCAUAAACAGUGAUGUGGCGGCAUUUGCAUCCAGAGCAAAGGUGGUUUAUCCCAUCAACCAAAAAUACAGACCUUUAGCAGACGGAGCAUCCAACCCAUCUCUACAUGAACACUCCAAGUUGCCAGCAAUGCCUAACGAGGGGUCAUCCUCCUCCACGGAUGGAGAUUCUCUGAGCCAAGAGCAAGACAACGAUGACAGCAGUCAGUUUAUCUCCUCCUCGCUGGUCCCCAAGAGCCUGCAGAACCAGAGCUUCACCAGGGUCUCUCACUACCCUCACACACUGACACAACCAGGUUUUGAAGGUAGGAUCAGCCUUUACUGUUUGGCCCUGCAGGAUAUACAACAACAUUGCUCCCAGCUUCAGGAAGAAAAAUGUCUGAUUUUUCUUCAAAUGGUGAAAAUAAUAUUCAGCUGUCGUUUUCCAAAAGACAAAAACGAUGCUGACUUCACCAAGAAUAUUCUUCAAAUGCAAGAAAAGGAACUGAAUGAGCUGAAGAAACAGUUGUCAACAGACCUCACUGCCAGCGAGAAAAAUGAUGACUGUACUUUCCUAGAGGAAAUAGAGAGAGCUCAGAAAGAUCUUCUCGAACGGGGCCUGCAAGUGUCCAGACGGUUCAGCAAACAAUUGGAGGACUUGUGCCAGCAUCUGCUGAAGAAGACCAGCGUUUUUUCUCCAGAUGAAGCCCAGGAUGUUAUUCUCUCUCUCAUCCAGACUCUUGUGUUAUUGGAGAACCACCUGAUGAACACACAAGAAGCUGAUCUAAAGAGGAUCCAACAGAAGUUGUUGUGGUGGGAGGAGUUGACGGGGCUUCUUCAAUCCCAACCUGCCUUGCUAAAGCGGGAAGUGUCUCUGAGGCAGGGCUUGAUAGCCACAACACUGGAGCAGCUGACGAGCGAUGACGUUUUGACCUUUAGCCACAUGGAAAAGAUACUUUCAGAGGUUCAGGCCAGUCUGACUGACGGCCUUCAGCAGUGCACUGAGGAGUGCACAAGGAAGACAAAGGAGCUGGUGAAUGACAAGUGCAACAGAAUGGAGUCCAAGCGGAAGAAGCUUUUGAGGUGCCAGACCAAGGAGAAGAGCCGUGCACUGGAACUAAGACAGACUCACGGUGACCUGCAGCAGCUCACCAAGGCGUACCAGGAGCUGCUGAUGAAACACAGGCAGCAGAUUGCUGACUUGGAGCUGCAGCAGGACAACAGGGUGGCUGAAACCCUCUCUGACCAUUGGAAGAAACUCCAUUUGUGCUGGUCAAAGAGGCUUGGAGAGCUAGCCAAGGGCGUCUUUCUCACUUCCGUCCGUGCCCAGUCAAAGCUCCCUGCUGAGCGCUGUGAGGAGCUGUGGCUGGAUCUGGAACAGGAGCUGGUUCCACAGCUUCAGCAGGCAGAGUGCACUAUCAAGAUGCAACUGGAGGAUGUGAGGGCUCAGCUGGAAAAAGAUGGACAGGUGUGGAGUGAGGAGAUGGUACUGGUGCAGGCCUGUCUCAAACAUCUGAGUGAACAACAGAUGAAGAUCCUCCAUGCCAUGGUGGCCAGACAGGGCUACACACUCAACAGCCAAGUGGGGAGUUUGAUAGAGAAGAAACAUGAGCACCUGCUUGCGGCGGUACAGAGGUACUUUGUGGUCAGGCACUUCUGUCUGCACAUGCUGAAGGAGAUGAGGCUGUCCAAGCUGAAGGCACUCUCUCAGACUGAUUUUAGAGCUGUGCUGAUGGAGGAUCCCAGUAAGAGCCAGUCCUGUGUCAAUUCAACUCUGAAGAAUAGCAGUGCCAGCCUAGCAGAGAGGCAUCUGGGUCCAGAGAGUCAGUUGGUGGGCCACAGCUUCCAGCAGGAGUUCCUGUCUGAACUGGAGACGGGGACGGAGCUUCUUCAGAGUCAUGCACAGCUGGUGCUGGGAAACGCCCUCAGCCAUGCCAUCCAAAAGAUGAUGGAGACUGAGUCUGAGUCACAGACCUCUCCCAAAGAAGAGGAUGGCUUAAAGCACCACCUGACAGAGGCUGCCUCGGAGAGUGUGUACGUGACCAAAGAUUCUCUCACUGCUCUGGUCCAAAGCUACCAUUCACAUCUACGGGACAUUAUCAACAAAUUACAGCAGGAUCAGUCAAACAUAAACCAGGAGUUAAAUGAGAAACAAGAGAGCAGCAGUCAGCUGAGCAGAUCCUUGCUGAGGGAGCUGGUGAACUGGGGCAAGAAACCCACCUCUGCCGAGUUUCAACAGAGGGUUGAACUCCACAAGAGGAAGUUGUUGGAGCAAUGUGAUCUGGAACAGGAAGCAAUAUGCGAGGAACUAAGGCGGAAGAAAGUAGCUCAGGAUCAGACCAUGAAGAGGAUUAAAGCACAGCUGCUGGAGGCAGAAGAAAACUUCAUAACUGAGCUGGCAGCCUUGGCCCGGGUUUCUCUCCACAGUCAAGAUCCAGAACCAAGCGGUGAUGAGGACAACAUUGGUAAUGAGAACACAACUAUACUGGAUCUGCUUUCCCUGAACCCAGCAUUAGAUCCAGCCUUGAAUCCGUCAUUGACUCCAACGAUUGUAACUCCAGUGGCGAAAUCAAAGCCAAAGAAGAAAAGAGAACGAGAAUCUCAUCUCAUCUGAAAUCAUAACGCAGUAAUGUUUACAUGUUGAUGCAGUAAUGUCCUGUAAAACGUUUACCCUUAUUUUUAUUGUUUAUAAAGUGUAAAUGCCUCUA